AUGCAGGAAAUUACGGUGCUUGAGCGAGCCAGGAGCGAGUUUCCGCCGUGCGCUGUGCGGAUCAUGGACGGGGGAUACGUGGUAGUAGGGACGUACGAGCUUGACAAGACCAGCGGGGCGCGGCACGGGAGCAUCGAGGUGUACGACGGCGGGCUGCAGCUGGUGGGGCGGACGGCGACGUACGGGGCGGUGCUGGACCUCAAGGCGAGUCCGUUCGACAAGGAAACGCUGGUGAGCGCGCACUCGACGGGGAAUGUGAUGGUGUGGCGGAUGGCGGAAGGCGUGCUGGCAGCGGUGGCGAACCUGCAGCUGUUUGGCUGCGACAGUGUGGUCACGUCGGUGAACUUCAGCACGCAGGAGCCGGGGCUACUGGUGGUGACGACGGCGGGCGGCGCGGUUGCCACGGUGGAUGUGGAGACGGGCGCGCCGGACGUGCGGUAUGCGUCUGCGGCGAAGGUGUACGAGAAGGCAGAUCUGAAGGAGUAUGACGUGCAAGGCAAGCGCGAGGUAGCGGCGGAUCUGAGCCGCGGCGUCAGGGAAUUUUCCAGAGGACAUUCUGUGGAAUGCUGGAUUGGCGAGUUCGGCGCCCUAUCGCCGCUGGAGAAUGUUGUGUUCAGCGGUGGCGACGAUUGUGCGGUGCACGCGUACGACGUGCGCACAGGGGGUCUGAUCUGGGCCAACUCGGCUGUGCACGGUGGUGGCGUGGUAGCGCUACGCCCGAGCACGCCAAGCUUCCGCCCACACAUGCCGACCGCGCUGCUCACAGGCUCCUACGACGACCGCAUCCGCUCCUUGGACCUGCGCAUGAUGGGGAACACCCUGUGCCCGGGCAAUGUGCGCCCACUGGCCGUUUCGGAGCUCGACCUGGGGGGCGGCGUGUGGCGCUUCGUGGAGUCGCCCUCGAAUGCGCUGGCCGCGGAGACCAACGAGCUACUUGUAUGCUGCAUGUACGACGGCGCGCGCAUUGUGGCUGUCGAUGGCCAUGACUUUACCGUCAAGAAUGUCCUCAAGGAGGGUCACGAGUCGAUGUGCUACGGAGCGGACUGGUGUGACCAGUUUGCGGUUACCUGCUCCUUCUACGACAAGUCGCUCCAGCUAUGGAAACCAUAG